AUGGCUUCUUCCGACAGCGAUGAGAGCGCGAGCAGCUCCCGCUCUUCCUCCUCGGUACGGCUGAUUGACAAGGAGGCUGGUAUAGGACGGUGGACGGGUCGCGCUGUCUUUGUCUCUCCAUCACCAGGACCUGUGGCUCGGUCUAGCUCUGGGACAGCCGACUCUCCCAUCUCUAUCACCUCCUCCCCUCGCUCCUCUGAAUCCUCUCGCACCCCUUCACCGGAACCAUCUCGUCAGCCUUCCACACCCCUCACCCGCCCGCGGGCCGUAGCGCACUACUCCUCACCUCACGCCCGGACCGCCUACACCCCACCCCAGCCCUUCUACCCUCCCUCUCCAGCUCGACAGGCGUCAUAUCCAGCCCCAGCGCGCGUACACCCCUUCUUCAACCGUACUUUUGCUCGCACCAAAUCGGCUCCCGUACCCCACACUCCGCCCCCACCAGCCAGUCAACGUCCUCGGAUGGUGGCCGACUACAGCAGCACGAGCGAGUCUCAAGCUAGCACAGCUACUGGCGCAGACUCGACCUUCGGUAGUCAGCCCAGUCAGCCCCGUAUCCAAGUGCCGCAGGGAUCGCCGUCUAGGGGUCCUGUCGGAGGCAAGGGAAAGGCGAGGGCGGCGCUGACUGAGUUGGAGAUCGACAAGAUACUCAGUCAGGUGGAGAGCAUCGACCUGUCGGGGAAGCUCGGUCCCACCGCUAAAGCUGCUGGGUCUAAGGGCAAGGUAGCGGCGCCGGUGAGCGCUAGGAGUUCGGCGGAGGCGUCAGGCCUGGUGCGGUCAUCCAGCGAUGUCGAGACAACCAAGGCGGGAUCUGCUUCUGGGUCUAGUGGAGGAGGGAAGAGCGCCCUGGGCAGGUAUGGCCGAGUGCCAAAGACCAAUACCGCCUCCUCAGCAGCAUCUCCGCCGAAAACGACCGCAGCCGUCGAGGCGCCAGCAGCUGUCUCAGCUGUAUCAGCGCCCAUCCAAUCUCGGUCUACUGCGGAGAUCUACCCACUUCCGCCCAAGGCGGGACCCACCAGCAACAUGUCCGCAACGAAGUCAACCACAACUCUCAGCUCCACCAUCCCUACCUCAGAGGCCUCGGGUCCCCCGGUACCACUCGCCUACUACAAGUACACCGACCAUAAGCCUUGUCCGGAGGUAGUGUAUACCACAUCCAUCUCGGAAGCGGACCAGCUUCUCGGUCGACUCGAAGGACAGGUGAUGGGUCUGGACCUGGAGUGGCCGAUGAGGUGGUGGGAUAAAGAGGCGAGCAGGUGGCAGUUUAGGCCUGGAAAGACGGCGUUGAUUCAGGUAUGCGAUGAGAGGUUGAUUGUGCUAUUGCAUCUCAAGGAUGGGAAUAAUAUGGUACUCCCAAAAAAGCUCGUUUCGAUCAUGGAGAAUCCCGCGAUCUACAAGUGUGGAGUGCAGGUCAGAGGGGAUGGCAAGCGUCUUGUCGAUGACUUCCCAGGCAGCUUCCCGACUGGCGUCAAGAGCCUGCUUGAGCUUUCGAACGUUGCCCGCGCCGCAGACCCUAUCCGAUGCGGACCAGGGCUUCGACUGAUUUCGCUCGCAAAUCUCGUCAAGAAUUACCUCGGACGGGAGCUCGAGAAGGAUCCCCAAGUCCGGCAGAGUAAUUGGAGUUCGAGUCUGAAUCAGAAGCAGGUGGACUACGGUGCAAAUGACGUCUUUGCCGGUCUUCAGGUUUACCUCCACCUCAAACGCCUUGCCGCUGAACGGCAAUUUCCUAUCGACUUGGAUCGAUGUAGUAACAGCUUCAACGCGGACGGAUCGCCAGACUACCGCGCUAUCUCCACUCGCACCCCUAGUCCUUCCAUACCUACAUUCACCGCCGUCCCCGGCAGUACCGACCUCUUUGCCGAGUCAUUCGCCUAUCGCCUCGCACCCGGUCAACCCAAAUUCCCACCUCCGGCGCAUACAAACGCUCUCAAUGCUUUCAAGUCAGGAAUGACCAUCGAGGCCAUCACUGCCGAACGGGGCGUCAAAAGGAGUACGAUCGAGGGGUAUAUCUGCCAGGCGCUGGCGGUGCUAGAGGAGGAGACGCUGAGUGCGGAAGAAAAGGGGAGGCUAGUCCCGCAACUGAAGGAGGAGUAUGUGAGGCGGAAGUUUAGAGGUCUGAUCGUGAGCUUGAGGAGGGGGGCAGAGGAGGACGGUGUGUCCAGUACGAGCGAAUCAGAGGAUGAGAGGGGAGUUGAGAAGGGGAGGAAGGCGGAACCAGUUGACGCUCUGGCAGAGUCGAUGGCUGGGGUUGCGCUCGGCGGGAAGGUGGCAACUUCCUCAAUGACAAUUGUGAGCUCAGGGAGGAUGCCUGUAAUCACGGUGACGGCGGAGGAUCUAGAGGCUGCUGCGAUGAUGCCGCCCUUGACGGAGUCGGACGAAGAGGAGAUAGCGGGGUUGUGA